AUGGAUGAUUUAAAAGUUGCUGAUAUAAAGAAAGAAAGUUUGCAUAAAUUUUUUGAUCAACUAAAUGCAAGAGCCUCCUCAAUUCUUUCAUUCACUCUUGAAGGGAAAGAUUUGGAGGCUCAUUGUGAAUCUACAAAGGCUUCUUUGUUAAGGCAAGUAGAAGAACUUGCCUUGCUUGAGAAGAAAAAUAUGGAAAUGGUGAAAUUGGUUGAAGAACGUGAGGAGGAUGUUAAAAUUAAGACGAAAAAAUGUGAGGAGUGUACUGCCGAACUGGAAAAUAAGGAAAGACAAUUGGGUUUGGUGAAAGAUUGGAUUCUGGAAUGUGAAUCGGAGUUGAGUUCUAGGGAAAAUGAAUUGCAUUUGGUUCGACAAGAGGUUAAGGAUUGUAAAGUGGUGCUUGGUGUGAAAAAAGAAAAAUUGAGGUCGGUGCAGACAUAUAUUGAAUUGAAGGAGAGAAAAUUGGGUUCGUUGGAGAGGUUAUCUGAAGAGCUUUGCAAGGAGAUUUUUGAGAAAAUUGAGAAAUUGGGAUCUGUGCGGAAGUUGGUUGAGGAACUAUCUAAGGAGCUUGAAUUCAAUGGGAGGGAGGUAGAAAAAGUAAAAAAGUUGAUUGCGAAUUGUGAUUGUGAUCUUGAGUUAAAACAGAAAGAGUUACGAAAGGUGUGCAACUUGAUUGAUGAUUGUAAUGGUGAGCUUUCAUCGAAGGAGAUGGCUUUGAAGAUGUUGCAGGAGAGGAAUUCUGCUGAAUUUAUUUUAAAGAACAACGAACUAGAUGAAAUUCAAAAAUCAAUUGAGGAGGAGCUGGAAAGAACUAAAGGAUUGAUCCAGGUACACAUAAAUGAACUUGAUUGUAAAGAGAAGGAACUGACUCUGAUACAGAAAUCGAUUGGGGAAAGCUCAAAAGAGUUUGAUACGAAAAAACAGCAUCUUGGAUCUAUAAAUUUGUUGAUUGAUGCAAAAACAGCAGAACUUGAAACUAAAGAGGAGCAAUAUGAUGGAGUAAAGAAGUCUAUCAAAAGGUGCUCUGCAGUGCUGAAAUCAAAAGAGACAGAGUUGAAGUUGAUUGAAAAUUCUAUCAAAGAGCUCUCACUGAAGCUUCCAAAAAAACGGGAGAAAUUGGAUUUAGCCCUACAACUUGUGGAAUGUUGUGCCAGAAAACUUGAAUCAAAAGAAGAGGAGCUCAAUAAAAUCAAAGGAAGAAUAAACACCUACAAUAAAGAGCUUGAAUCAAGAGAGAGGGAGUUCAAUGCCAUUCAAAUGUCCAUUGAAGACCGAAGUGAGGAACUUAAAGGGAAGGAGAUGCAACUGAAAUCCGUCCAACUAUCAUUAGGAGAAUGUGAGAAAGAACUUAAAGAAAUGAAGGAACAGAAAAAUUCAAUCCAAAAAUCAAUUGUGGAAUGCUCUGAGGAGCUUCAAUCAAAAGAGAAGAACCUUGUUUUGACAAGAGAAUCUAUCAGAGAAUGCUGUGAUGAACUGGAGUUGACAAAGGUGCAGUUGGAUUCAAUUCAAAGAUCUUCCCUCGAGUUGAAAAAGAAGUUUGAAGAAAGAGAGAAACAUCUCAAUUCACUUGAAAAUACAUUAGACGAACGCUUGAAAAAUCUUGGAGUGAAGGAGAGGCAGUUUGAAGAACGUGUCAAGGAGAUUGCAUUGAAAGAGCAACUAUUACGUUCAAUGCAAAAAUCAGUAGAACAACGCCAUAAAGAAGUGGAGUUGAAAGAGAAGCAAUUAGGUAGCAACAUCCUUUCUUCACAUGCCAGGAUUGACCAAACAGAACAUGUUAGGAAUCCGAAACAUGCUUCAUCUUCAACCUUUCAAUCCAAUGCCGCCACCAGUGAGAGGAGUUCGCAACUGGUAAAUGAGUGUGUGAACACGCACCAUCUGAUGCACCUUGAAGUUUCAGUUGAACCAGCAAAGUAUGUUUUGGAUUUUAUGCUCUGGUCAUUUUCCCAGAAUUGGAAGAAUGGAGUUGCAGGCUUGGAUGCAAGUGUCAAGAGGAAUCAUGUUCUUCUAUUGGAGCAUCUAAUGAAAGUCUCACCAAAAAUAAGUCCUCAGGUGAAAGAAGAUGCAAUAAAGCUGGCGGUUAUUUGGGAAAAGAAUAUAAGAUUGGAGACCGAGGAUUCUAUGGAGGUUUUGAUGUUUUUGCUGUUUUUGGUCAUAUAUGGAUUGGUUUCUUGUUUUAGCAGGGACCGAAUUUUAAGACUUAUUGGAACUAUUGCUCACAAAAAAUGGGCUCCUGAAAUAUUCAAGGCCCUCGGUUUUGCAGAUAAGGAUCUUGUUCCGGCUUUUAUUGAGAAUCUUUUUGGAAACAGGCAAUAUAUUGCUGCUGCUAGGUUUAGUUAUGCAUUUGGGGUGGUCGGCAAGUUUUCACCAGAACUCAUCUUAAAAAAAUACAUGGAGGAUGCUUGUGCGUGCAAGGGAGGUAAGGCCAUAGACGAAGCAAUAUCUGCUCUUAGAUCCAUAUCGGAACUUGUAGCAGAUUACAAAUAUGAAUCCAGAUACAUGACUGAGGAUAUUAUUUGUUCCAUUUCUGCUCUGGAAAAGAGAAAGGCAGCCUGGACUCACUCUUUGCAAGCUCCUAGCCCCAUGGAUCAACCCCAAGUGCAAGGCGGAAACUAUCAAACAGCUGCCACUUCUUGCCCAAGGAACCAGCCAGCUUCUGCUUCCAUUGACCAGCCACAGCUACGGAAUUCAAACUUGUGGGAUCUACUGCAACAACAAGAUACGCCUUCUAGGUCUGAUUUUCCAGUUGAUAUUUCUGGAGAAAGGAAUCAGCUAGCUUUUGCUCCCAUUAUGCAACCGAAUCUACUCAAGGCAAAUUUCCAGGAUCAAGAACAACAGCAAAAUAACAAUAAGCGUCCAAGGAUAGAUGUGUCGGUUGAUGUACCACAAGUUACUCAAGGUGUUGCGGCUUAUGGAAGUGCAAAUCAGCUUUUCACAGCUACUAACCAAUUUGGUGCCUCAGACUUAAAUGCUCAACAGUCAAAUAUUGCUGGAAGACAAAACCGGUACAAAACUUGGCAACAGCGCUGA